CAGAUCCCAGGCACAACGCCCAUGCCAUGGCUUUUGCUUAUCUCCUAUGUGGGGCCCAUGGAGCAGCACUUCUUUCCUAUGUUACAGUUUGUUCUGAGGGUUCCAUAAGUUUAGUUUGUGUCGUUUUACUGGACAGCUUCUAUAGAAUGUUCUAGAAAAAAAGUUGACACAGAAGAAAACAAAUUCCAUGACCAUCUAUUUCCACAUUUAGGGAGCAGAACCCUAAAUAGGACAUCUGAGGAAGACUUCCAAAUCCACCUUCCUUGCUAUAAAAUAUAGGGCUCUUCUCUCUGCUCUGACAUCGUUUGUUUGGUUGUUAAAUAACAUUUCUGCAAGUUUAUAAGGAGUGUGGAGAACAAUAUCAGCUAGAAUAAACUUUAAUUUUGUACAUUAAAGAAAAGACCAGCCCGUUCCCUGACUCCCAACAUGCCCAAGCACUGUACCACCCUGGCUCCUCUUUUCCCUUUGAUAAAAUUAUGGAACACCCUGUCCAUCGCCACAGCUGUCCCGACACAGCCCAUCCUGCAUGUCUCUGCAUCGGCAGGCCAGUGCCAUGCUGCAUGGACUCACGGCAGUCACUCUGGCUGGGGAUGCUCUGCGGUUGCAGGCACUGCCUGGGUCCCAGCGGCUUCCCCCUGCUUGUUGCCCCCUUGCUGACAGUCCAGCCUGGUGUAGCCUGCCCAUUCAGCUCCCUGCCCUUCUUGUUCUCUGUUCUGCAGGCUCUGUGGAGAAAGCCUUUAGGAGAAGACUCAUAGCUGAGAACUAUUAGGCCGCAAAGCUGCUGUCCACGUGGACUGGAGCUGACAUCGCACGCCUGCCCGCCAGGAUCCCCGCUGCCAAGUUCGUGCUCCGAGACAUGGCGACUGACAACAGCAAGGUGGCUGAUGGGCAGAUCUCUACCGAGGUCAGCGAGGCUCCUGUGGCCAGUGACAAGCCCAAAACCCUUGUAGUCAAGGUGCAGAAGAAGGCUGGAGACCUCCCUGACCGGGACACAUGGAAGGGACGCUUCGAUUUCCUCAUGUCCUGUGUGGGCUACGCCAUCGGCCUGGGCAAUGUGUGGAGGUUCCCUUAUCUCUGCGGAAAGAACGGUGGUGGGGCCUUCCUAAUUCCAUAUUUCCUGACGCUCAUCUUUGCGGGUGUUCCUCUCUUCCUUUUGGAGUGCUCCCUAGGCCAGUACACCUCCAUUGGGGGCCUGGGCGUAUGGAAGCUGGCUCCCAUGUUCAAGGGUGUGGGCCUCGCGGCAGCUGUGCUGUCCUUCUGGCUGAACAUCUAUUACAUUGUCAUCAUCUCCUGGGCCAUCUACUACCUGUACAACUCCUUCACCACGACCCUGCCGUGGAAACAGUGUGACAACCCCUGGAACACUGACCGCUGCUUCUCCAACUAUAGCCUGGUCAACACCACCAACAUGACCAGUGCCGUGGUGGAAUUCUGGGAGCGCAACAUGCACCAAAUGACAGAUGGGCUAGACAAGCCAGGACAGAUCCGCUGGCCGCUAGCCAUCACACUGGCCAUUGCCUGGGUGCUUGUGUAUUUCUGCAUCUGGAAGGGUGUUGGAUGGACUGGAAAGGUGGUCUACUUCUCAGCCACAUACCCCUACAUCAUGCUCAUCAUCCUGUUCUUCCGUGGAGUGACACUUCCUGGGGCCAAGGAGGGGAUCCUCUUCUACAUCACGCCCAACUUCCGAAAGCUGUCUGAUUCUGAGGUGUGGCUUGACGCCGCCACCCAGAUCUUCUUCUCCUACGGACUGGGCCUGGGGUCCCUGAUUGCUCUGGGAAGCUACAACUCUUUCCACAACAAUGUGUACAGGGACUCCAUCAUUGUUUGCUGCAUCAACUCCUGCACCAGCAUGUUUGCCGGCUUCGUCAUCUUCUCCAUCGUGGGCUUCAUGGCUCAUGUCACCAAGAGGUCCAUAGCCGAUGUGGCGGCCUCAGGCCCUGGGCUGGCAUUCUUGGCGUACCCCGAGGCUGUGACACAGCUACCCAUCUCUCCCCUCUGGGCUAUCCUCUUCUUCUCCAUGCUGCUGAUGCUGGGCAUUGACAGCCAGUUCUGUACCGUGGAGGGCUUCAUCACUGCCCUGGUGGAUGAGUACCCCAGGCUUCUCCGCAAUCGCCGGGAACUCUUCAUUGCUGCCGUGUGCAUCGUGUCCUACCUGAUUGGCCUCUCUAACAUCACCCAGGGUGGCAUUUAUGUCUUCAAACUGUUCGAUUAUUACUCUGCCAGUGGCAUGAGCCUGCUGUUCCUGGUUUUCUUUGAGUGUGUCUCCAUUUCCUGGUUUUAUGGUGUCAAUCGGUUCUAUGACAACAUCCAGGAGAUGGUUGGCUCCAGGCCCUGCAUCUGGUGGAAGCUGUGCUGGUCCUUUUUCACACCCAUCAUUGUGGCGGGCGUGUUUCUCUUCAGUGCUGUGCAGAUGACACCACUCACCAUGGGAAGCUACGUUUUCCCCAAGUGGGGCCAGGGCGUGGGCUGGCUCAUGGCUCUGUCCUCCAUGGUGCUCAUCCCCGGGUACAUGGCUUACAUGUUCCUCACCCUAAAGGGCUCUCUGAAGCAGCGUCUCCAGGUCAUGAUUCAGCCCAGUGAAGAUAUCGUGCGCCCUGAGAAUGGUCCUGAGCAGCCGCAGGCUGGCAGCUCAGCCAGCAAGGAGGCCUACAUCUAGGGGUGCAGCCCCCUCAUCACCCCUACACUGGCACCCUGGACUGGCUGUACCCACACCCCUUGAAGACUGAAGAUACUCUCUGUCUCCAACUACCUCAAGGGGCGGGUCCAGACACCAUCACCAUGCAGAGAGGGGAGAUGGGGGACAGUCUGACCCUAGGUGGGCCCUGAGUGGGCAGCCACCCCUUGGGGGCUUUCACAGAGGCCCCUUAGCAGGAGCAGGUGGCUGGCCUUUGUAACUGCCGCUGUAGCUCCUUUUUAUGCUGCCAGAGAGGGUGAUGGCUGAGGCCACACACUCCUGGCUUUUAGUCUUCUUCAGACUGUUGUCCUGUGCCCCAACUGUAGACUGUUAUCCAGACUUUUCUGUCCACCUUGGCUCUGAACUGGUCAUGGACCAGGGCUACGGCAUUGUGUUCAUGGCCGCUGGGAGCCGGCAGGCCCUGCCUCUUCCUUUUUAAUUUCUCCUUCCCGAGGCAGCUUCACAGACCCAUCCCCAGACUGUUCACAGAUCAGUGCGGAGAGGGUCCUCUGUCCCUGUGACCCUGUGACCCGGGCAGCUCAGUGUCCCCUGCCCCACCUCCCCAGGUGGCAUUAACAGCAAACAGCCUAUCCAGAAGAGCCCUGUGUGCUGAGGAGGAAAAAAAAAAAACCCACAACCCCCAUUGCCUUUUCUGGUCACCAUCCCAGGACUUUCCCCAAGUGGGAGCUGUGGUCCCUCUGAGCUGCCCAGUUUAACACAAACAAUGGCCAAGGAAAUCAAGGUGAAGGUUCUAAGUCAGGACCAAUCCAGCCCACCCUGGUUUCCCUCUUAGACUGUCACUGCCACUCUGUUCUGCUGUCCCCCUGCGCCCCCCUUACCUUUCUGGAAAACUUUCAGAUGUACACACCCACUAAUGGAGGAGGGUUACUUC